GGGCAGGGCGCGGGCUGGCCGAGCAGCCGUGGCAUUGUGCAGCCCGCUGGCUGGCCGGGCCUUUGCCGCGGGACCAGCUCCGGGCGCUGCGGCCACUUCUGUCUGGACACAAAGGAGGAAGAGGCCUCCUCUCCUGCCUCUCCCGGGCGACCUGCUGAGGGCGUUGGGCAGAGACCCGGAAGACUCGGUCCCUCUGGCUUGGUCCAAUCCCGCCUCGGGAAGCGCCUUCGUUACCUGCUCCUCGGCUCCCCACGGCCACAGAUGCAGGGAAGCCGCCUCCGCCGGGGGAGGGAAGCCCCGGCCACCGCAGCCGCCGCUGCCCGCCCUCCUUCCCUCCCUCCCUCUUCCUCGCCCUCCCUCCCUCUCUCCCUCCCUCGCGCGCUGCUGCUCGCGGGGCCCUCCCGCGGGCAACCUGUUCUGGACCAAAUCCAGGUAUCUCCGAAAGAGACAAAAAAGAAAGGACCUCUUACGUGGAAAAGAAAGAAAGAAAGACCUUUAACUGCAUUUAUUUUUCACACUCUGACCCUUGGUGGGCCUCAGUUCAGACGUCCUGGGCCCGGCCCUGCAGCUGCAGAGGUGUGCGGUGCCUGCCGCCUCGCCCACGCUGGCCGCCGCGCUCCGCGCACUGUGCGCUGCACACUCUGGGCCGCCGCCCCCGAGGCCCAAACACCAAACAGACCUCAAGGUCCUUACUACAGACUCAACCUCCGGUUGCCCGCCUCGCCGCUGGCCUUUCCCCGGGAGCCCGCUCCGCUCCGUCUGCGGCCAAAGUCCACACACAAUCCACCUUGUUCGUGCUCUCGCGCCCGGCCGGACACCCUUCCUAGCCAAGGCGCCCACUGGCCACCCUCGGGCCGCGGCCUUGCCCGGGGCUGCAAACCUCCUCCCCUGCAUGGGACCCACACAAAGCCCAGUGUCCUGACGCUCCCACCCGCAACCCCCUGUCCCUGGCCCUGCUGCCCUGCACCUGUUCCUGAGAAGGGCUGCAUCUCCGAGCGAGCCGAGGCAGGCCGGUGGGCCCGGGCGGAGGGUGCUGGGGAGCCGAGGUCCCAGGGAGGCCACAGAGGCUCGGCUGGCUAAGCCGGAGCCCCCGCAGGCGGGCGAGAGAUCUCAGAGACCAAGGCUCUCCUUGUCGAGCUCUUGCCUUUUCCUCCUUCUGCAAGUCUUAAACACUCACACGCCGAGAGUUCAGCUCUAUAAAUCCUGCUCCUCUUUCCCAUAUCAUAAUUAAAAAAAACCAGUAGGGGAGGUUUUAACUUUUAUUGCGAUUUCUGGAGUUGGGCUGCGGAGCAUAUAUUAAGUUUACGCUUAUGCACUCUC